AUGGCGUCUAAUGAGAAUCUGAUCUCGCAUGCCGGUGGAGUGUAUGCUGCGCGUUCGCCUUUGAAAGAGACGGAUGCAAAUUCAAAGCCUGCUGGUACCCUUACGAUAAACAAUGAAGACAGAGAUUUGAAGAAGCGGCUGAUCGAAACGACUAAUGAGAAACUGCAACUUCGAAAGAGAGCUAAGUUGGAAAGAGGCAGGUCUAUUGAAGGUGCGGUGCAGGUUACAAAAGGAGUAGCGCUGAGGAAUGUUGAGAGUCAAGGAAGAAGUAUAUCUGGUCAGGGUACCGUUAGUGGUACAGCCUCUAAUCAAUCUGGGAACAAUAACAACAAGGUAGCGCUCGGUGAGUUACUCGAAUGGCAGAUGAAUUGGCGUAAUAUUAUGAGACGAGAUUCCAGAAUAUAUUUUGACACUACGGAUGAGCCUGAUAUUACGAAACACGCUAAAAGCAAGCUAGAGAAACGUAAGUUACUUCUGAAAUGUGGAUUUAUGUCAUUAGGAGCCCAGAUUACCCAGUUUUUUGAUACUAGCGUCACAAUUGUAAUCUCGAGUAGAUCUAUUGAUAAUAUUACACAACUUAAUGAAACAGACAUCCUCGCCAGAGCAAAGAAAAGUUACAUGAAGGUUUGGGGUUAUGAUAAGGCAGCAAGAUUUUUGAAGAACCUUGAUGUCGAUCUGGAAAAUCUAGAGAAGAACAAACUUCCUACCAUUGCAUCUCCGUCAUUAUCAAAUUUAUUACAAAAUGAAAAGCUAUUUGGACCUUCUGACCGUGAUCCUCGCACUCGGAGAGAUGAUAUUCACUACUUCAAGUAUCCGCAUAUUUACAUGUAUGAUCUAUGGCAAACAUGGGCACCGAUAAUAACAUUAGAAUGGAAACCACAAGAACUAGCAAAUCCCAAUAAUCUUCCAUAUCCAACAUUAAAAAUGGGUACUUUUGGUAGAUGUCCUUUCAUUGGUGACCGUUCUUGCGAUGAAAGUUCUUACAAGAGGGUGUUGAAAAGAUACAGUCGUGACAAGAGCAACAAAAAAUAUGCUUUAAAGCUAAGAGGAUUAUAUCAACAUCAUGCUGAUCCAACAGUAUCUAUGACUAAGAAUCUAAUAUUCAUACCACACCUUUGUUUGGAUUCUGCUCAAUGCUAUGAAAAAUGGCAAGAACAACAUAUGAAAGAGCAAUAUAGGAUCAAGCAUAAGGAUGGCGAACUACCUAUUCAGAAAGAUUCAAAAGAUGGCACUAAUGAAGACAAGGAGUCCGAAAUACGACAAAAUGAGAAAGAAAUAUCAAUUGGUAAAAUUGACAAUGACAACGGCGAAUCUAAAAUUGAGGAAAUAGCUGAAAAUUCUAAAUUAGUUCAAAGGGAUUCUGUAUGGAAAGGGAUUGUGCCAACUGUAAAAUUAGAACAGAGUAAGAGAUCACUUCCACAACUUAAUAGACAAGAAACUGAAGAGUUUCCGGAUGACCUGUGCACUGUGAAAAAAUACUCUAGAGAUCAGUACGAAAUAAAAGCUAGUGGUGUUCAUCAAUCUAAUGAUAUUGCUACAUCUUUUGGUAAUGGAUUAGGCCCUACAAGAGCUAGUGUGAUGAGUAAAAAUAUGAAAAGCUUGAGUAGAUUUGUUGUUGACAAAAAAAUUGCAACUCAAACCACGAGUGGAAAUAAUGUGUCCAGCUCAACUAAUCUAAAGCAUAUGUCGGCUGCCAAUGGUAAUGCUGCCAAGGUGAGUAACGAAAGCAUAAUGGAAGUGCAACAUAAAGUGAAUGAUGAUACUAGUAAAGAAGUUCAAAAGACUACUAUCAAUCCCGAAAAUAAUCUCAUUAAUGCAGCUCCAGGAAAUAAUAAUAGUAGUAAUUUGACCUCACACUUAGUACAAAACAACCAGGUAACAUCCAAAAGGCCAUUAAUGAAAAAUUCCGGUUAUUGUGAAAAUUGCAGAGUCAAAUAUGAGUACUUGGAUCUGCAUGUUGUAUCAGAGAAACAUCUUUCAUUUGCUAAUAACGAUAUUAAUUUUGAGGCGAUAGAUUCGCUGAUAGAAAAAUUAGGAUUCCAAUUCUAA